UCUGAGUUUAAGAUUUUAUGAAAAAUAUACAGUAGGAUGGACAUUUUAUCUGGCUUAGUAAAAGUGAGAUAUCAUGGAAAGAAUAAUGAGAUAGUGGAUAAAGAAGUCAAUGGAAGAAUUCGUUGGGAUGGUUUAAAAACUGUGGCAGGUAUUGUAACAAACAUUCCAAACAAAGACUGGUAUUUCAAGUAUCAGGACGAAGAAGGAGAUACUAUUUUGGGUGCAACUGAACUGGAAUGGCAGUCAGUGGUUGGUAUUUCACAAAGAAACGCAAAAUUUUUAGUUGACAUAAUCCCUAUCGAUAACAGUUCAGAAGAUCUCGAUUCGUUAAAGAAAAUGUCAAUUGAUAUUGCAAGUGAUUAUGUAUAUGUUUCUUCCGGCUAUAAACCAAAAGAGGAAAAUAAUGAAGCUAUAAAAAAGACUUGUUGUAAGCCUAAAACAAAAAUAAAUGCAUCAAGGCAACCCUCGAGCAAAUGUUGUGACUCAAGUAAAAAAGAUAGCUGUGAUCAAACCUCAAAAUGCUGUCCAAUGUUUGAGAGACCAAUGCCAGAUCCAUAUGUUGACGAUGGUGUCAUUCCUGUAAAAACUGUUAAUCCAACACUUGAUCAAUACAAGUACACCAAUGAAUCUCUUCGUGCCGUCACACUUCCUCUUGGUGCACUAGGUGGAGGCAAUCUAUCUAUAGCAGGUGAUGGCGGACUGCGACAGUUUCAAAUAAGCAACAAAGUGGACCACAAUGCUCAUGUGCCAAAUUGUUUUUUUGCUAUUAAGGUUGGUUCUACUGCAGCAGUUCUACAAUCAAAUACAUGGUAUGAUCAAACUGGAUUCAAACCAGCACCUAUUGUCACUGAUCAUGUUGUUCCUCCAUAUUCAAAAACGCUACUUUCAAAAUAUCCUGGAGUUAAAACAGUCGAGGUCACUGCAAAGUAUCCAGUUGUUGAAGUUGACUAUAUGGAUCCAAAGUUAAACAACGUCAAAGUACAUUUGGAGGCCUGGAGUCCAAAAAUUCCUUUAGAUUCGAAAGCUAGCGGAGCUCCAUAUAUUGUAUUUGAUUUUCAUGUUACCAAUACAAGCACGACUUCUGCUGAGGUUUCUCUUAUGUCAAGUUUUCAUAAUUUGGUUGGAUGGAAUGGUCAUGAUACUGUCAAGGAUGAAGUGGUGUGUGCAGGUUAUGGUGGAAAUGUAAAUUCAUUGUUUACAGAAAGCAAUAUGUUUGGAAUGGAUAUGAGUAAUACAAGUUUACCAAGCAAUCAUGAAUUUCAGGGAAAUGUCUCCAUUGUAGCACUGCCAGCAUCAACUGAUAAAAUGUCUACCAUGCUCCAAUAUACUGAUGUUGAGUCCUUAUGGACAGCAUUUACGAAAAAUACAUACUUGCCUGGACAAGGAGAAGCCGGAGUUUCAUCAGCUGGUACCACAUUCAACGGUGCAGUUAAUACAUCUCGAAUUGUUGCCGCAGGAGAGACAACAGUGUUUACGUAUGUUCUAGCAUGGCAUUUUCCCAACAGAUAUCGUGAUUGGACUGUUGGUGUGAACAUACCUAACACUCAAAUAUACCUGGGUAAUUAUUAUGCAAAGAUAUGGAAGACAAUGAGGGAUCUACUUGGGUACAUGGCAGAAAACAUAGCUAACAAUAGAGAUCUUACAUACAAAUUCAGAGAUUCGAUGUUUACAUCAACGUUGCCAUGGCAAUUAAUAGACAGUGCUGCAGGAAGAGCAUCAGUUUUAAAUUCUCCUAGUUGUAUGUGGCACGCAGAUGGUAAUUUUUAUGCUUUUGAAGGUUGUAACCCAACAUCAGGUUGCUGUCCACUUAAUUGUACACACGUGUGGAACUUUGAGAUGGCUUUAGCAAUUUUAUAUCCAGAUGUUGAAAGAACGAUGCGCGAAAUUGAUUUACUGCAUCAAAUUACACCGCAUGGCGUUAUACCUAGUCGUACACCUUGUCCCUUGGAAUUGAAACGUUUAUGGGCGACAUGGCCUGAUUACUCCACUUCACCAACAUCUACUGCUAUUUGUGUCGAUGGAGAAAUUGGAACCAUAUUCAAAGCGUACAGAGAGUACCGACAUGGAGCAUCUUUACAAUGGUUAACUUCACUGUGGAAGCCAUUAAAAGCAGUUAUGAAUCACUGGUUGAUAGUGUUGGAUGAAGAAAAGAAUGGUUUGGUGUAUGGUCCACAACCGAAUACAUAUGAUGUAACUACGUACGGUUAUUUGGUUGCUAUUGGGGCGUUGUAUUUGUGUGGCUUGAGAGCAAUGGAGGAAAUGUCAAAAAUCAUGAACGAUUCCGAAUUCGAAGCGAUAUGUCACGACAGAUUUUUACUUGGUACAGUGAAUCUCGACAAACAAUGUUUCACAAAUGGAAAAUGGUACACUCAAGUUGUUGACCCCAAUCAUCCUUCGAAUUUGUUGGGUGAUUCCACACAGAUUGGUGCGAUGUAUGGGCAGUGGUGGGCGCACAUAUUGGGCUUAGGGUAUUUGUUACCACCCGAUCAUAUCAAAUCACACUUAAAGUAUACCUACCUGAGAAAUUAUGUUGCAAGUUUUGAUCCAGCCACUCAAAAACCUCGUGUGUUUUGUGACCAACGUGACAGUAACUGGGUGACCGCAAAAUGGGACGAUGGAGACACACCAAGUAAUCCUCUGCGUUACAGUUCUGAAUGGGCGUGGUCGGGUGUUAUCUAUCCUUUUGCUGCACUCUUGUUAACUGAGGGGAUGACGUUAGAGGGCCUGGAUGUACUUAAAAAGACACGAGAAAUGUACGAUGGAACUCGACGCAGUCCAUGGAACGAAAUCGAAUGCGGUGAUCAUUAUUCAAGACCGAUGUCUGCCUUCUCUUUGUUCGUCAUAGCAAGUGGACAGGAUUGGUCGUUCACACAGUCCGGAGAUGUUAAUCUUCGAUUUAAUCCUGUGAUCAGUACGCAAGAUUUCAAUGGUUUCUUUGCGCUUGGUAGUUGUUGGGGAACUUUCAGUCAAACACGAAAUACAAAUAACAGCACAUCUGUCAAACUGAAAAUCGAGUAUGGUGAAUUGAAGUUAGCGAAACUUCGUCUAAAUCUUCAUGCCCGUCGCGUGGAUGUGAUUAUCAGUGAUGAUGACGUCAUGCCGCCGUUCGUCAUUGCAAAGGUUGCUGAUGGUUUCAGUUUGAAUUUUCCAAACACACUUCAUUUGUCCGGUGGAAAAGUGUUGUCUGUUCUGUGCAAAUAAGGCUCCGCUUAACUGCUAUGUCACCGGUCGGCUUUUUAAGUUUUAUGUCUGUUUAUUUAAAGGGAAACUAAGGUCAAAAUUUUUUUUUUCAUAAAAACGUUUAUUAUACUAUUUAAAAAAGAUACCUUAAAUUUUUUUUCAAAAAAAAUGUAUUUUUAUGAGGAUUUUAGAGUAAAAAGGUUAUUAUUUACAUCUCCGUUAGAGUACAUAAAAAAACUCUACGAUGGAGAGCAAUGACGUAUGAUCCGCGAGUGAGUAAGUGAAACCAUACUAUAAGGUUCGCCUGAUUUGAUGUAUGAAGACAUAAAAGAUGAAUUUUACUUCUUAACUAUAAUUGUACAUUUUGUCUUUACUACUCAAAAUGCCAAGUUGCCUGGCAUAUGGAUGUUCGCAAACCACUGGGAGAGUAACUGCUAAAAAAAGUUUUUUCAUGAUCCCAAAGCCAGUGAAUACAACUGAGAAACUUCGCGUAGCACAAUGGUUGCAUAAUAUUGGUACUGGAUUGAAUGUAGAAACAUUUCCAUUUGGGAAAAAUAAAGUUGUAUGUGAAGACCACUUCCAUCCUGACUGCAUAAAAGAUGAUUUAAAAGGACGUAUAACGGGGAUACCAUCGAAACGGAAAGAGCUACUUUGUGGAGCAGUUCCAACUAUUUUUAAACACAAAACUUACGAAUUUAUUAACAUGGAUGGCACUACCGUAUUAAAACGUGAUUCAUCUUUAAAAAGAAAAAUGCAGGAAGAAUGCCUACAUGUGAGUUACAAAAAUCAUGUUUUUUAAUUUCAACCUUUUCUGGUACAACUCUUUUAGCGAACAUAUUUAAUUAGAUAGCCUGGUUUCUAUAUUGUAAUUAAAAUAUAAAUGUGUUUCGUAAUUUUCUUUAAGUAGUGAAAAUAAGUGGAAAUUUUAUAAAAAUUUCCAUAAAAAAUUCUUAAUAAAAUUUGGAAAAACGCACGAAUAUUAUUACUAGUAUUACUUUUUAUUAUCAUAUGUUAUUUUUGUUAUCAAUGUUAAUGAAAACCAGGUUAAGUUUUCAUGCGCACCUGGCUGGACUUCGAAGAAAAAUAUAAGGGUUGAUCUACACUUCAUUUUUUUAUUCUAGACCGUAAAGAAGUUACUUAGUGAAAACAAAGAAACCACACUUUCACAGACAUUACAUUUCAUAGUAAUGCACCCAAGCCGUAUAUUGUCUGUAUGCUGAAAAGCGUAGUUGUCUAAAAGAAUAUAAUAUGUUUUGUUGUUGUGGAACCUAGGCCUUACAAAAUGUUGUAUAUAUAUUUUUAAAUGUUCUUUGACUCACAUUCAGUAAACGAACUUUUAUGUAGAUAAAGAACGCAUUUUUUUUCGCAUAUGAAGUAAUAUUUUAUAUUUGUUUUGAAAGGUAGAAUAAUAAGCUUACUUGUUUUGAAAAGAUUUUAUAUCCUUGAAAUUAUUUUGAUAUCUGCGAUGUCUAAUGCUUGCUGUCUCUAAUACGGUGCGAUUUAAACAAAGAAUAUUAAAAUCUUUAUGCAAGGUAAUACAUGUAUUCUCUUCCAGCUUUUCUCCCAGUAAAGUUGUAAACUCCAAACAACACUUGCAUUCUUCAACAGUCAUUAACUCGUGUAUAUCACAUUUUUUACACUUACACCAAUGUAAGUUUUCUAACCUGCUUGAGUCUAAAUCCUCAUCUUCGUCGUCGUCUGAAAUAUCAUUCGCAGUUUUUGAUGAACAAAUGUUUUUCAACUGACUUUCAGUAUAUUCAGGUUCGUUAUCAUAACACCCUUUGCAAAUACUUUCAUCUGUUUCAGAACUAUAUAUUCGCUAUGUUCACUAGCACAACUACUUUUUUCGCUGCUAUCCAUGACUAAGUGAUUUUGAGUCUCGCGGCUCAUACGUCAUAAUUCUGUAUGGUUCACGAGGAACCGUGAAUGGAGUACACGGUUAAUUUCAGAAAACCUUAGAACUUUAAUGGGCUAAAACAGCCUAAAUAAUGAAAAUUAAGAGUUAAUUUUUUUUUCAAUAGUUUAUUUAGAUGUUAUACAACGUUCUUAAUUUUUUUUUAAUAACAUUUUUUUUUGACCUUAGUUUCCCUUUAAAAUUAUUUUUUUAACAAAAAUGUUGUCUACAUUUCAUUGUCAUGUUUUAAGAUUUGAACCCACAAUUGGUAAAUUUCAGCAACACUGGUUAAUAUUUUCACAAGUUAGGCAACACAACUCAAGUCUACACCGUCAAACCUUUUGAUACCUGCUCCACAUGAAGUAGUUGUGGUACUUACCACAAGAAUAUUAAACUCUAGAUAGCUUCGAAAACAACAGCGUGUUUUUUUUUAAAAUUGAGUAUAACUCAUUCUUGUGAGAGGUUAUAUAACAAUAAUAUAGACAAUAAAGAUGAUUUGCAAUAUUGGGACAAGUUUUAUUUUUAAUGUAGAAUGCAGUUGUUUUUGUUGAGAGCGUUCCAUAAUGGCAGAUUUUGAUGGAAGUACUAAGCCGUGGUUUUAAUAUAAUCUAAUUUUCGCAACAUUACUAACGUUCAAUUAAAUCUUUAGAGAUGUAAUUUUUUUUCUCACAAUUGUGUGAUUUUAUAGCUAUCGUAUUAAUAGGCGUGUAUUUUUAUGUUGUGCUUAGAAUAAGUAAUAUUAUCUCUACAUUAAUAAUAUCCGUACUCUGUGUGUUCAUGCUGCGGGCACACGAAAUAGCGUGGGAUUUAUAGGACAGGCGACCUACUGGGUUUUUUUUAACGGGUUACUGCUUAAUUUUCCUCUAUUAUUUUUUGUUUUUGUCACAUUUUUUUAAAUAUUAUAUUUGCAUGAUAGACGAUUUUUUAACAUUUUAUUUUAACAUAACGUAAAAUUUUAUUAUAUCUUGUACGGUGGGUUUUUUGGUAUAUUCUGACAAUUUGAUGAUUAGACCAAAAACAAUACCUGGAGUUGAUUAAUUUUCGCGAAUUAAGUCUAUUCGCUAAAAUUACCUCCGCGAAACAAACAAACAGAUUUCGUUUUUGCUUUUAUUUUUCUAGUUUUUUUCGGUAAAUUAUCUUUUAAUGUUUUUUUCAUGAAAAAAAACUCGACGGAAUCAUGAAAAUUAAUAUUCGCGAAUUAGAUUUUUCUGAACCUCCCGAAAAUGAUUCUUCACGAAUAUUAAUCAAAAUAUUUCGGCCGCACUAGUGAUUCGUGUUAUAUAGAAUAUAAAGUUUUUGCACAUAUAAAGAAAUUGUAAAUUUUUUUAAGAAAAUAAAAAAUUGUGGUUAA